GCGAAUCAGACGCGGCGUCGUCACGUUACGUAAGUAAUAUUCAUAAGUUCCGCGCACGCGCUAUGUGAACUCCAGCUUCAAAACAAUGGCGGCAGACGGUUUGACCAUAACGGAGCCGUGGAUCAGAGAAAAACUCAACCUUCAGCACAGCUGUUUAGCGGAUGUGAGAUCGUUGACUCUUCCGGGAACAUAUGAGGGAAAAAUCUGUCGUUUAGGAACAUCCCUGAAGAACUUCGUUCGUCUGAAAUCACUGGAUCUCUCUCAUAACGCGCUGGUCACCGUUCAGGGGCUUGAGCACUUGGAGCUGCUGGAGAGACUGAGCCUGUACUAUAACAGACUGGGAUCUCUGCAGGACGUCUUUGCUCUGCACAAGCUGCAGAAUCUGAAGGAGCUGGACUUGCGGCUCAAUCCUGUGGUCAGGAAAAACCCACACUACCGUUUAUACCUGGUCCACGCCAUGAGCAGACUCCGACAGCUCGAUGAGUGUCCGGUGCGAGACAGAGAAAGAAGGGCUGCUCUCAUGCUUUUCUCGUCAGAGGACAGUCUAGACACUAAUCAUCAGAAGCACGCCUCGACACCAGACACAGACUGCAGAAGUAGUGAGCUCAGAAUAAAAGCGACGCAGAAGAUGAUGAAGAUGCUCUCUCUUCUCGAGGGGAAUGAGGAGGCCGCGCUGAAUGAAGUUUCUAGAAGGACGUGGAGUAGCAGGAGACCUGAAGCCCCGUCCGUCCGCUUCGAGGGGUUACAGGAAAAUCCUUGCGAAUCAGAUGUCAUGUGUUUAAUCAAUGAUCCCGAGUUUGACAGCCCGCCGAAACAGCACAAGGAGUCCGUUCCCAAGAGCUCGGAUUGUAAAAAAGAAGCUCCUGCUGGUUCUCACGCCACGGUUCGAGGGCAGAGCGUCUUCACGCCACAUCCUACAGAAAUCCAGCCCCAUUCGCACGAGGAUGACGGCACAGCUUUUAAACGGAGAAACCAGCUUCAGGACCGAGCGAAUCCGGUCCUGCAUCCUCCCAGACUGACCUACCGGAUCACAUCAGAGAGGAAGCGCGCGCCGCCAAAGGGAGCCUACAGGAAGCCCAUGGAGCUGCUCCUCGGCGUGAUGGAGGAGCUCUGGUCCGGGGAGAAGAAGGAGAACCGGCAAAACAGGACGCUCCUCGUGAAGACCGUUCAGAUCCUCGGCAUGAUGGAGAGGGACGUUGCGGGAGGAGAACUGGAGAUACGGACUCUGAAAGAGACGCUCGAAGCCUUCAGAACACGGACUGAAUUACAGGAAGAACGGCAUCGGACCGAGACCGAAGAUCUCAAACUCCAGCUUCGUCAGACGCGAGAGGCCACCCGAGCCCUCAGUGAGCAGAUGAAGGACGUUCUGGAGGAGAACGUGUCUUUACAGAAACGGCUGAUCAAAGCAGAGAAGCGGCUGCUGAAGAAGCCGCCGGACGCGCAGGACAGAGGACAGCAAACGGUCCCAGAGGAGUCCGACGCGAGAAGACGGGAGGGAAACGGAGCGGACGAGCCGCAGGAGAGCUACAGGUCUUUGAUCGCCAGAAACGAGCGCUUGCUGCAGCAGCUGGAGGAGGCUCUGGUCUAGUUCUCAUCGAGGGCCAGUCCGUCCUGGUAUACACAGCUGUGUCUUUUCUUUAGCACGCGCUCUCUAAUGCGGAAACUCAUGCAAUCGCCGGCAUUAAUCGUCACGUGCAAUGCAAAAAAAUACAUUUGUAUCGGAAAUGACGAUAUAAUUUAAUUUAGCUGUGAUCUCGCUCUCUGGGAAACUGAACAAAAUUAAAUAAGCGUGCUUAAAACAAGAAUAAACCAUCCUCAACUUUCACGUAUUUUCUCAGCGGACGCAGCUUCACGUCUCAUUUGGCAUCUCGACUUCAAAAAGCCCUUAGGUUGAGUUUUCUGGGUCCGAUAUUUUAAAGAAAGCUUAAACCGAAACGUGACGGCUGGACGCGCGCUGGAAGAGAGAAGCACCAGGCAGUUGUUGUUUUUUUUUAUUUCAAUACGAUGCUACAAAACACUGACACGUUAAAAUCGCUUCACCAUCGACGUAAGACAUGCAUAUCAGGAUACCGCAGAACAUUACAAAACAUGAUUUAAAAAAUAAGACGGUAUUGUUCCUCAAAACGGAUGGUUAACAGUAUUUGGCAUUAAGCACACAAAACAUGAAAAUCAUCCUAUUAAAUAGGCUACAACAACAUGUAUACUUCCUCGUGGUCCGAGUCACUUUCUGCGGGAGAGCUUGUCACUUAUGAUCCGUAGCCACUGUUCUGAUCUGAAAAUAGAGGUUCUGUAGAAGAAUAAGUCUGUACACUCUCGCUCCUCGGGGUCGUCUGUGACACCGUUCAGGGUUCCCACCAUCACGGCCUUAUCAGGGAGUCGAAAAUGUCAUUUUCGGAUCCGAAAAAAAGGGCUAAAAUCUUAAAAAGUUCUCGUAAAAAUGCACUGUGUGCUUAAAAAGGUUCAACUGGCUCAUGUAAAACUCUUUAAUUUUUUUUUUUUUUUUUUUUUCAGUUUAUAAGGGAAUUCCACGUUUGCUUAAGUCAUAAACUCUUUUUAAAAAAUGCAUAUAAUAAAUAUAGAUUUUACUAGUUGUAACUAGUUUUAAAUAGUGCUGUUAAUGAAUAAAAGAUGAACUAAAAUAAGAUUAAUUUUCUUUAUAAAUACAUUU